AUGUUGCAAAGAAGACGAAAUGAAGACAGUGAUUAUGAUGAGAAUGAUAGAGAUGAUGAUAGCGAUGGUGAUAUGACUGACAAUGAAACAGAUGAUAAUAAACAGAGAAAAAAAAUAAAACGUGGUCGUAGACACUUUCUGUCAAAAAUAAGUCAUAUAGGCCAACGUGUUAAAUCACGUAUUCGACAUGACCAAUCAAGAUCGUCAUUUGCAACAGAAUAUAGCAAAGGAGGAUUAGCAUCAACUACUGAAGUAUCUGAUGAUGAUGAUGAUGAUCUUGAACAAGCUGAAAGUAUUUUUACAGAAACACCACUGCAAACUACUGAUGGACAAUCAUCAGAUCAAGAUUCAGUAUCAGAUUCAAUUUACUCAACUGACAGAAGUAUUUUAUCAAGUGAAAACCAAAUUACUUCAAUGAGUAAAACUGCAAAUGUGCAAGUAGCAGAGCAUGAAGAUAGAGAUGAUACUGAUGAUACUGAUAGCUUGCAAUCAUUUAUCAUACGUUUGCAUAUAUUCGAAGCUCGUGAACUUCAUGGUGAUAAUCUGAAUCCAUUAUUACGUGUUAUCCUUGAUAAACGAUGCCGAUCAAGUAUAUCCCAACAUGGGACUAAUUCACCUCAGUGGAAUGAAUCAUUUUCGUUUACAAUCCGAAAAUCUCUUCAAGAUAUGAUGAAAACUUGUUUAGAAUUCAGAAUUCUUUUUGAUAAAUAUGAAGUUGUUGAGGUGUAUAAUGCUCAACAGCUUGCAAGUGAUACAUUGAUUGGAGGAUUUCAAUGUGAUUUGGGAUUUAUUUAUAAAUCAAAACGACAUUUAUUAUGUGAAAAGUGGCUUGUUCUUAGAACCGAUUGCCAAGAAGUCACGUCAGGUGGUGACGUUGAUCGUCUUGCGUAUUCAGAAAUACGCGGAUUUCUUAAAGUAUCAGUCAACGUACGUCGAAGUCUUGACCCCACACCUGCACCAUCCUUAAGAAGUUCAAAAAAAUUAGACGAUGAAGAUAUACUGUUUUCUGGUUCACUAAUGCAAUACACUAUGCUGGUCAAAGUUUUUAAGUUAUGUCAGAUUGCUGACCAUUUACGUUUGUUCAAUGACCAAGUUGCAAAACUUGCCUUGGAAGUAAAGGUUGGAAAGGAACAUGAAAUGACCCAUGCUUUGCCAGCAUCGCAUGAAGUUAUCGACUUCUACGAAGAACUUAUGAUUCCUAUAGUUUGGCCAACUGUAGUAAAACAUAUAUCUUUUCGAAUUAUUCUCGUUUAUCGAACGAAAAUUCGCAAAAAAUUGAAGAAGAAAAUCUUAGCAACGACAUAUUUAAAUUUGUCUGAUAUAUGUCAAACAGGAAGUGUUGUUACAACUACAAAUUCUCAAUUUAAUUCAGAUAAUCAGGGUUUUUUACCUGUGUUUGGUCCAUCAUACAUAAGUUUCUACGCAUCAAGUUUGCAAAGAAUAACUCGAAAAGUUGAUAAAGCUAUACGUGAAGGACGACGACCGGGAGAUUGUUAUGUAGCACGUGCAUUAAUUGAAUUGAUUUGCUUGGAAGAAAACUGUGGGCGAAGUUGCCGUGACCCUAUGACAUCAGACGUGAUCCUAUCAGUCUUGCCACAAUUGCAUACGUCAGAACACGUUUUAUUGUCGACAUUUUUUGUCGUAAAUAUGAUUCAUCCAAAACUAAAAUCAAGAAAUGUCCGAUUUUCAUUAAGUAUUGGAGAGUACGGUAAUAAUACUUAUGGAAAAGUACCAAAAUCUACUGCCCGAACACUUUCGGUAAUGCCAGCUUUCGCUGAAAGAAAAUACUAUACAAUGCCUUGGGGUAAUCAUAAGCCUGUUUGUGAGAUUCCUUGUGCGUGGGAAGAUGUUUCAUUUCGAAUGAGGCAUUCUAAUGUUCUACAGAAGAUUGCUAAAAUGCUGUUAUAUAGUUCUGGUUUGGCUAAGCUCAAUUCUGAAGGCAUAAGUAAAGCUUCUUCAAUUAUUGUUGAUGUUAUCGAACAAGCUUGUGAUUAUUUUGCUAAAUUAAGCGAAUGUAUUGAUAGAGAUUGGGAUUCACUAACAUCAUCACCUCUUGAUCGGCAACGUCGUCAAAUAAUUAUCUCAUCAACUGUAAAAAUGAUUGAAAAUUUUGCGCAUCUAAAAUAUGACAAAAGUGAUAUAUUUCAAGUUAAUGAAAUAGCUUUAAAUCAAUUAGAACGAACAGCUGAUCGCUUAAUGCAGAUUUCAAAUGAGCCUGAAAUGUCAAUACCUGAUGCAGUACUUUCAAUGUACGAUGGCGAUGAAUUACUUGCAUUUGCUAGAAUAUCUGUAAAUGAAAUAUAUUACCAUAGCGAAGAGUGUUACCGAGGGAUUUUUUGUGGACGUUUACAAGCUAUAACUUUGAAAUGGCCAAGUCAUGAAACGAAAAAAGAGGAUAAAGAUGAAAUUCCUGCAAUUGUUCAUUUACGACUUUGGUUUGGUAAAGUAAAUGAUCGAAGUAAUUGGGAUAAAGCUAUAGAACCAGGAGUAGUUCAGUACUUUGCUGAGGUAUUUGAGAAUCAGCGACGCCAUAUGGGUGAUCGGUGGGUCGAGACUGAAGGCAAAAAUGGUGAGCCAUAUGGAAGAUCGGAUGAAACAGGAAUAAUUCGGAUGAUAGAAGAUGACGUGAAAUUGUCCCAUGGAUGGUCCUAUAAGGGCCCUUGGAAAAUAAUGUUUUGCCAUGAUAUGUGGGUAGGACCAGAUGCAGGUCAUACUCAGUAUGAAGAUGAAAUAUUUCAAGUUCAAGAAAAGGAAGAUGAUAUUUGGACUGAUUUAUAUUAUACAAGCGCUUUUGGUAAUCCAAUCGAUAAUGCUCAAGAUCAAAAUCCUCCUCCAGGAUGGCGCUGGGUUGGGAAUUGGACAAUUGACUUAUUCUGCGCAGGGGAUGCAGAGGGAUGGUCUUAUUCCUCAAAUGAAGCUAAUUUUGCUAGAGAUGAUGCUGUUAUUGAUUACCGAGAACGGGAAGGACAUAAGUUUCGGCGUCGGCGAUGGAGGCGUGUGCGUACGUUUGGUACAGGUACGAAAGAUAUUUUUGAAAAUAUUGAUGCUUUGCGGAAAAGUAUUGAUCCGGAGCUAUGGGAGUAUGCGACCAAUUUUCGCAAACCAAUGCAUGUUCAAAAAAUGCCUGGCGAUAAAUUUCGGCGACGACGUUAUGUACGUGAAAUGGAAUUUUCUCCUAAUUUAGGUCAAAGAAGAAGAUUAGCUCUAUAUCUUGCUGAACAUAUUACAGUUUCGCCAAGAAUAUAUGAAGUCUACGAUCACAUAACACGUUGGCAAAUGCGUGCGUCAAUUUUAUGGGCUAGAGACUUGCUACCAACUAAUCGACGUGGAUCACGAGCAUUUGUUCGAGUGGUUUUCUCAAAUCGAUGUCAAGAAACGGCAAUUGUAGAAAAUACUGUUAAUCCAGUAUGGAAUGAAACACUAAUUUUUAAAAAAAUAAUCAUAUGUGGUAGUAUGGUGUCAGUUCGUAAAGAUCCUCCAGCUAUUGUAAUAGAAAUAUGCUCAGAAGAUUUUAGUUCUUCUGAAACUUUUCUGGGACGUUUUAUAGCAACACCUUCUGUGAUAUCACUUGCAACUGAUCGGCGUAGAUCACCUACGUGGUUUCCGUUAUCAUUUCAUAAUCAAAAACAAAAAGGUGCUUUACUAGCCUUAUUUGAAUUAUUUUUGUACGAGGGUGAAGCAGUUCAUAUUGCUCCUCUAAAACCACCUAGAAAACAACAAACUAAUCGUUAUUCCGUAGCACGUGAUGUAUGUCCCAUAUUUAAACAAUAUACCGUACAAAUUUUGUGUUGGGGUGUAAGAGAUUUACCAAGAUAUCAGCUGUCAUCAGUUCGUAAUCCAUUUGUUGAAAUUCGAAUUGGUGAUAAAAUUGCUCGAUCUGAUGUGAUUGAGGACGCUAAACGUAAUCCAAACUUUGUACGACCUUUAAUAAUUUUAAAUGAAGUUAAUUUACCUGUUAAUUUUUAUUAUGCUCCACCAUUAACGUUUAAUUUAUACGAUAGACGCUCAUUUGGUCGUGAGCCACUAAUUGGUACUUGUAUUGUACAAGACUUUGCUAAAUAUAUCAACAAAUUACCUAAGAGUAUAAAACGAGAUACUUACAACUGGCAAAAAUACGAUGAAAUGUUAUCAUUAGAAGAAUCUGAAGAGAAAAAAGAUCUGAUAGCAAUAGAUGAAGAAGAUUAUGUUUUUGGUGAAUUCAUAAUCGACUGGUGGAGUAAAUAUUAUACUUCAAUAAAUGAAACUGAAAAAGCGCCGGGAUUUGCAGAGUCAGGAAUUGAAAAAUUGCGAGUAUUUAGUUGUGCUCUUGAAGAUGUUAAUGAAUAUUACGGAUUUUCGGAUUUCCUUGAUACAUUUAUGUUUCGAAAAAUGACUAAGCAAACUAUUGAAACACCAGAAUUAAGAAUACCUCGUGGAGAAUUGAAAGCUAGAAUCUUUUUUCGAAAAGAAGACAAAAAAUCAAAUGAAAGUUUGACAUUACCAAUUGUUGAAUUUGUUGGAGUUACUCAGUGUACAGUUCGUAUAUAUAUUAUUAGAGCUUACGAUUUAGUCAGUAGACGCAAGGAUGGAAGUUGCGAUUCUCAAUUAUCAUCAACUUUUGUAGAUAACGAAAUCGGAUAUACUACGAUUGAUUUAGAAAAUCGUCUUUUAACACAAUUCCGGGCUACGGUAGGCUUACCACAGCAGUAUACAGUUCGUGGACCACUUGUUUGGCGUGAUCAAUUAACACCUCUAAGCAUACUUAAAAGAUACUGUAUAAAGAUGAAUUAUCCAGCUCCAGAAAUUUUAACUAAAGAAAAUGAUAUUGGAAUUAUGAUUGCUGGAGUAUCAAUCUGGCUUAGUGAUAUUGAAAAAAUACCUCCAAAACGUUCUGAAAUUUUAGGGCGACCUUUACAACGAGUAGCAUUAUAUAUUUUAACAAAAAUGAAUUUAGUACCAGAACACGUAGAAACUCGUCCAUUAUACAGUGCUAUAAAUCCCAACAGUGAAUGUGGUCAAUUAGAAAUGUUUAUUGAUUUAUUUCCAAAUUCAAUUGGAUUAAUUCCUCCACCACUUAAUAUUUCACCGCGUCGACCACGCAAGUUUCAACUUCGUGUAGCAGUAUGGAGCGUACGAAAUGUUAUUCUUGCUAAAAGAACUAUGGGAAAACCUGCAGCUGAUAUUUAUAUAAAAGUAUUUUUAAAUGGAAGUGAUAAGGAAGAAAAAACUGAUGUCCACUACCGUAGUCUUGAUGGUUACGGCUCAUUCAAUUGGCGUUUUGUGCUUAAUUUUGAUUUUGAUAUUUGGGAGAAAAAAAUUGCUGUUUAUAAAAAAAAGCGUCUUUUUAGUAAGAAGUCAUUAUCACUGGUAGAUCCAAUAUUGUUUGUCCAAAUUUGGGAUAAUAAUAAAUUUGGGAGGGAUAGCUAUAUUGGCCAACUUGCAUUGGAUUUGCUCUCCUUUGAUGAAGCUCAGAUGGACGCAGAUGAAAUGUAUAAUGUUGAUUAUGCAGCUAGCAGACAUAGACGUUGUGGUAAUUGCAUGAAUAUUUGUGCAAAAAAGAAUGCACCAAAAAAAAAUACUCAACCCCUGCCAAGAGCUCCGCCUUAUGUACCGGGAAGAGUUGGCAGAUUUUCACUUUUUCAGCAGCGUACAAGUUAUGGCUGGUGGCCAUGUAUUAGUACCUCAUUACCUGAUGAACAAGUAAUCUUUUUAUCUAAAUACAAAUUAGAUUACCAAAAAAAAUUAGACUUUGAU